UAUAUAUUCACAAUCACUCAUAAACAUUAAACACAAUAUAUAUAUAUAUAUAUGCAUAUGCGCGUAAAUUUGCAAAACAGGUGACGAAAUGAGUUGAGGAUUCGGUGAAGCUAUUUAUUUCAAAAACCCUAGCUUUGAUUGUUGUUUGUCUUCUACUCGAAUUCGUUCACCGCUUUCAACUGCAACCUACAGGUUUUUGGAAGCUGAAACGGAGCUUGAAGUUCAGGUUGUAGUUUCGUGUAGAGCAGGUCGAACCUUCUGCAGAGGCUUGUGACUUGUAAUGGAGCAGCAAGGAAAUGGACCGACUCCAGGUAUGGGAGUUGUGGGUAGCUCUGCUCAGAUGCCAUAUAGUGUGACCCAAUAUCAAGCUAACCAAAUGACAGGACUCUCGGCCCCUGCACCUGCUGCCUCAACACAAUCCACCCAAGCUGCUGGUAUCUCUGCCUCUCCAGCUCAGAUGGCGCAACACCAACUUGCUUAUCAGCACAUACAUCAGCAGCAGCAACAGCAACUGCAGCAACAACUCCAGAACUUUUGGGCUACCCAAUAUGAAGAAAUUGAUCAGGUUACAGAUUUUAAGAAUCAUAGCCUGCCAUUGGCGAGGAUCAAGAAGAUAAUGAAAGCAGAUGAAGAUGUUAGGAUGAUUUCAGCAGAAGCACCUGUUGUCUUUGCCCGAGCCUGUGAAAUGUUCAUUCUCGAGUUGACGCUGCGAGCAUGGAAUCACACCGAGGAGAACAAAAGGAGGACGCUGCAAAAAAAUGACAUUGCAGCUGCAAUCACAAGGACUGACAUAUUUGAUUUCUUGGUUGAUAUUGUACCCAGGGAGGACUUGAAAGACGAGGUGCUUGCAUCAAUGCCCAGAGGAGCCCUUCCCGUUGGAGCUCCCACUGAAGGGCUUCCUUACUAUUAUAUGCCACCACAGCCCACUCCACCAGUUGGAGCUCCAGGAAUGUUUGUGGGGAAGCCUGUGGAUCCAGCAAUUUAUGGUCAACAGGCUCGCCCUUAUAUGGCUCAGCAGAUGUGGCCGCAGCAACCACAACCACCGGCAGAUUCUUGAGCAGGUUUGACGGCCAUCAACCUGAUGAGUGCUUAUCACGGCUUUUGCCAUAGGUUGUUGGCGCUCCAGGUUUCUGAAUGUCCAUGGAGCUAGAAGAUUACGUGAAGUAAUCAGGCACAUGGAAUGUCUGAGUUUAUACAAUGUAAUGUAAUAUCUAUCUUACAGUGCCAGCCUAGUGUGGAUUGAGCUACCUUUAUCAAGUCCUAGCUUUUGUACUAUAUAUAACUUUGGCUCUGUCAAACUUUUAAGUGAUGAACUUGUAAACUUUUGCUCCCAACUGCAUCUUUUGCCUUCUAA